UUCAUAUUAUUUUUUAAAUGAAAAGUUUAUUUUUUCAAAAAUUUUGCAAUCCUAAACAUCGAAUUCAUACAUCUAUAAAUAACCAUUUGAAAAAAAUUAUAUAUAAUACAAAGGAAAAAUUAACCCAAGUUGAAGGGAUCAUUGAAAGCAAUGAUAAUACUUCAAAUUAUAAACCUUCUUUAUACCAACAUCUUAUUGACCAGAAUAAAAUUCCCAAAGGUUGUUGUCCCUUAUGUGCCCUUAAUAUUAAAUUGCAAUAUACAGAUAUUUUGAUAAUUAGCCAAUUUUUAGAUCAAAAGGGAAAUGUUUUAGAUAAAAAUAUUAGUGGGUUAUGUUACAAGCAACAUUCUCUAUUGAAAAGAUUAACAGAAUUUGCAUUUAAAGCAGGUUUAUUAAAGCCAUAUGAACAGAAAAACCCAAAAUUUCAAGGGCCCAAAAAACGCUGGGAACUUUACAAUCGAGUAUAUUUGGAUAGAACUUUGUGGCCAAGGCAAACUGUGAAAAAAAUUGUAUAAUAAUAUAAUUUUAAUACACAAAUCUGUCAAUUGUUAUUUUUAUAUUUUAAGUUUUAUAGCUAUAUUAACUCAAUAAACUUGGUUAUUUAUC